GACCAAUGUCUGCAUGUUGCACGCUGGAUUCCACGCGCAAUCGACAUGUACGUCGUCCUCAAGGACGCAUUCAGAAUCGGCAUGCUCCUUGAGCAAGAAGAUGCCGCCAAGGACAGCACUCUGAUCGAGGACGAUGCCGCCAAGAAGGAACACCAGGAAAUCCUUCAACACGUGAAACAAGACGUACAAGAGCGUUACUUGAGGACCUACAAUUGGGUCCUCAUGAGCGCACCCUACCUCCGCACUCUCAUCAAGGGUAACAAAAAGAAACAUCGAAAGGAGCUAGCACGUAUAUUAUCUGAGAAGAUGCAGGAUGUUAUCGGCCAGAUCCGCUCUGAAGACGCAAGUAAACUCAAGCCUUAUAUAGGACGUUAUGCAGCCCUAGACGCCGAAAGCGAGCCGCUGAAUCCUCCAAUCUACUCUGACAAUCAGAAGUCGCGUGCUAAGAUGGGUGUGAACCACCCCCAACUCGCUGCGAUGCUCUGCCCCAUCAAACACCUUGCAGCCUACCGCGAGAAUCCCAAGAAGUACCUACAAAAUGGUCAGGUCAAGAUGCAUGCAGCUGCAUGGCCCGCAUUCGCAUACGAGGGCGACUUACCUGGACAAGAUUUCGAUCCGCUCAACAUGCAGGAUGGCCUUUUCAAAGGUUAUCUUAUGAGACGGGUUUUUCGUCAUAUAUUCAAAGGCCCUUCCUCUGCGCUU